AUGAUAAUUAACUCAUGUUUUGCACAAUCUGAUUCUAAAUACCAGCGCCCAUUGUCUCCAUGGGAAGUGGCUAUUUUGAAUCACAUGAAGGAUUCCACUCUGUUAGCUCAUUGCAAGUCGAAAAACGAUGAUUUAGGUGAGCAUGUGAUCGUACCUGGAGGAAAAUAUUACUGGAUGUUUAGUGAAAAUGUUUGGCAAUCUACACUAUUUUGGUGUAAUUUUAGUAGCAAACAUGGGCAGGCUUCUGGUGAAGUGUUUUGGCCAGACAACGGAGGCUGGCUUCAAGAUCGAUGUGCAAGUAAUACCUGCAUAUGGGCUGCUAGAGACGAUGGCAUUUCCUUACGUCUUG